CACAGUUUGCAGCUCGGUUCUGUUGUUGUGGGCUGUGUGUGCUGGUUUAUGCAAAAUGUCCAGUACUUCAUGGGAAAGUAAAAUAUCAGAUCUCGAAGCUCGAUUGAAAGCGGAAAAUGAAAUGAGAGAUAGGGACAAAAUGCCAAAGGACUUAAGCCAUGUCAUGGGAAGUUCUGCGCAUGGAACUGGUCGUAGACCCAAACAGUUGGUCCAAACAGUGGAAGGAAUAACAAGAGGUGAAGGAACGCCUCAGAAGCCGAGAAAGCAACUAGAUCUACCAGUAUUGCCAUCUAUGAUGCAACAAAGAAAUCAAGAUGGGGGAGAAAUUGAAAGUAAAUUACAAGAAGAGAUUAUGAAGAGGAAUGGUAUUCUUAGUAUUAACGGAAAGAAGUAUAAAACAGAGAUUAAGGAUUUGGAGCACCAGGGUGAGUUAGGAAAUGGGACAUGCGGGCAUGUUGUUAAAAUGCUGCAUAAGCCAAGUCAUACUGUAAUAGCAGUAAAGCAAAUGCGUAGAUCAGGUAACAAUGAAGAGAACAAAAGGAUAUUUAUGGACCUUGAUGUAGUCCUCAAGUCACAUGAUUGUCCAUUUAUUGUGCAAUGUUUGGGUUGCUUCAUCACAGAAUCAGAUGUCUGGAUUUGUAUGGAGCUAAUGGCAACAUGUUUUGAUAAACUGCUCAAGAGGUUGCGGAAAGCUAUUCCAGAAGAUAUCUUAGGGAAAGUCACAUAUGCAACUGUGAAAGCAUUACAUUAUUUAAAAGAAACCCACGGAGUGAUACAUCGUGACGUUAAACCAAGUAAUAUUCUUUUAGAUGAGAAAGGAAAUGUAAAACUUUGUGAUUUUGGGAUCUCUGGUCGACUUGUUGACUCUAAAGCAAAAACAAGAAGUGCAGGUUGUGCAGCAUACAUGGCGCCUGAGAGAAUAGAUCCACCAGAUCCUACAAAACCCGAUUAUGAUAUCAGAGCAGAUGUAUGGAGUCUUGGUAUCACAUUGGUAGAACUAGCAACGGGUAAUUUUCCUUAUAAAGACUGCAAGACAGAUUUUGAAGUACUAACAAAAGUUCUACAAGAUGAUCCUCCAUCACUUCCAGCAGAUCAGACGUUCAGCUCUGAUUUCCGAAACUUUGUUACUUGCUGCCUUACAAAGAAUUAUGCACAAAGGCCAAAAUAUAGAGAUCUACUGAAACUUCCAUUUAUGAAAAAAUAUGGGACCGCAAAUGUUAAUGUGGCAGAAUGGUAUGCUAGAGCCAAGCAACAGUUCGAGGUUAACUCGUCAUGCAGUUCACCAAUUCGAAGGUGUACUUCUCCCCCUCCCUCACCAUCUUCACGGCGUCACACUCCACUACAUCACAGUCAUCAUCGAUCUUUAUCGGAAACCGUAAAGCAAAAUGCUAAUGGAGGUGAUUCAGGGCGCUUCUCCACAUUCCAGAGGUUCGAUCCUAACCCCAGGUUUGAAAACAAUGCCCAGGCAUCACCCCCACUGCAGCAACAGGACUUUUGGAAACCUGUGAAGUCUAGUAGCACUGAUGCUGAGUGGGAUGCUAACAAAGUGGUCGGGAGCGGGUUUCUUGGUUCACCUAUACCAGGCCGGAAACACUUCCCUUCAGAUCCGCAAUACCAUUAUCAUCAUGGCAACACAAGCCCUCUAGUCCUUCAGAGGUUCUAUCACCAACAGAACCAACAUCUACAUCAUCACCACCACCACCAUAAUUUAAAUAGCUAUCCUGUUCAGCAGUCAUUAACUCACCAGUCAUCUACAGAAUCUAGCAAUGAUAUUCAAAAGCAAGGUGACUCUAGUGGUGUUGUUAAGAAACGUUUUGCCUCGUAUAUUAAGUUCCAUCUUGGUGGAGGGGAUUCUCGUAGUAGGAAUCUUCCGCCCCCUCGGCCCAUCCGGCAUGCUUCACCUGGUCCCCCAUCCCAUUACUCACCCCUCAGUCAGAGUCCAGACCCUCCCCCACGGCACAACAGGGGCUCAUCUACCCCUGCAGAUACUGGUACCCCUGGAGCUGGGUCAUCUCCUCUUCUGGUGAGACGGAGUUUCCUUGAUGUCUCACCUGUAAGAAGAGGAUUUGUUGAAGGUUCACCAUCCCUGUCUAGGAGAUAUGUGUCGCCCUCUCCUCCUCAACCUCCACCUCGUCGACUAUCAGAAAGCAGCUCCGUCCCUGGGUCACCCCAGCACCGGCGUGUGGAGCAUUUUCGAGCACGAUUUCACUACACACCAGAGCCACAGAGGCGUGUGUUUGGUGCAGGAGACUUCCAAGACCUCUGAUAGACUUGGAAUCUUACGAUGAUUGUGUGAUUGAUGUGAAGUGUUUUUUUUCCUUUUGAAUGAAGCUAGAAGACAUGGUGCCUCUCACGGUCUAAAAGCUAAUUCUGCCUACACUCAAAAUAUCCAGUUGCAUUCAACAUAGGUAUGACAAAUAGUAUUAUUAUUUUAAUCCAUUGAGAUUCAAAUUGCAAUGGUCCUAUUGAAAUAUUGAUAAUUAAGCUGUUUCAAUAUUUUUUGUGUGUAUUAAUUUUCAAUUGAACUUGAAAUCAUGUCUUGGUUGGUCUGCAGGCUCAUUCUUCAAGAGAACUAUUAGAAUAUGUAAACCAAGACAACAGCAAGCACUUUCAAGGUCACUGUGUAAGGAGUGCGCCUUGCAUCUGAUCACACUUUCUACAGUAACAUCUUACCAUCUAGUAUUUGUUUUCAAAAUAUCUAUCUAAUAUGAUGCAUACUUGUUUCUCUACGUAAAGACUUAUACUGAUUUUAAUAGCAAGAUGUGAAAAGUAAACAAUAAAUGUUGUACUUAUAUUGAACUCCAGUGCCUAUAACAUUGCAUUGAAGAUAAACUAGUAUCUCAUCUUAUAAUAAACUGAAUAAAUAUUGGACACAAAUUGCAUUUGAAACAUAUUGACCUGAAAAUUUCUAUAGUGGUGACGAUGGCUUCAAAUAUCGCAACUGACAUACUUCCGUUCACUUUUGCAUGUCGUAAGCUCGGAAUUCCUACGAAGUUGUCUGAAACAUCAAAAUGAUCUGACGUUGAUAUGUGUCGUCCACUGCAAGUUUCAUCUUUCGUGUUUACUGAUACUAUAUUGAUGAAAGUAAAGUGAGAUCUGUUGUACAGUCUGGCUGUACUUUCAGCAACAGAAGAACUUGUUAAUGUACCUGAUAUGACAGCAGUGCUUAAAUGAGCAUAAUAUUAUUUCUUAACUUCAGCUUUGCUCAGUUUUCUGUAAUUUGGCCUUUUUCUCUUGUUUUUUUACAGUAACUUUUAGGUACUAAUACAGACAACCAAGAAUUUAAAGUUUGAUAAUUAAACAAAAGUGUGUGUAUAUCUUGUGCCAUGAAAUGUUCAUUUCAAAUUUUUAUAGUGAUGAGUUGUGUGUGAGAUAUGUUAUUUUAAUCUUUUUACUGGUUUUUGUUUUGUAAAUAUUUUGGUGAUGCUGCCCAGCGAAGAGAUUUUUUUCUCCAAAAUGUAAUUUGCUACUGACAAAUUCUUGCUUAAAAGUUAGAAAAUGUGUACAACAAACUAGCUGCCUUUGAGAUAACCUUUUGACUGCAAACAUUGUAAUUGUACAAUAGGAUAAUCAAGUAAAAUGAUCUGGGAAGUCAAAAUUAGUAUGUAUUAUAAAAUUAGUUAAUAACGAGAAAAUAUAUAUUGAGCAGUGAUGUCAAAGUUUAUUGAAACAUACUCAGGGUUACCAGAUGUCCCAAUAAAAUGUUUAUAGUUCCUUUUCUUUUUAGUUUGUAAUACAAUUAAACACUUUUUUUAUUGUAUUACAAAAAACUAAUUAUUAGUGUCACCAUUUUUCAUGCUGUAUAGUUUUGUGUAAAUUUUUGACGUAAUGUGCAGAAGAGUUAAUAUGAUAUCCCAUAAAGUAUUUGUGGUAUUUAUGAACCCUGAUCAGAUACACUGAAAAUUGUAGAGAAGAAUCUGAAAGAAGUUUCAGAAGUGUUCAGUUUAAGGUAAAAAUAGAGACAACUGAUAGAAUGUGGAAACCAAGAUAACAGCAAGCAAUUUAAGGUUCGGUUGUGAAUGUAUGUGAGAGGAGUGUCACCUUGUGUUUAAUCAUACAGUUUUCUGUAGUUAACAUCUGUGAUAAUAAAAGUAAAAUUACAUGUGUA